UGUUCCCUGGAUUGUGCGCCACAGCAGACCAAGACCGGGGCAGACAGUAGUACAGCAACGGCAACAUUUACUCUGACCGGAGGACGACUGCUCUCAGUCCCUGAGGUUUACUGCUGUUGUGCAGAGUCCCUUAAACUGAGCCCGCAGCAUACUGCUUGUGCAUCCCUGAAACAUUUUCAGAACACUGGUUUUGAAGAACAUUUCAAAAGCACCACAGCCUACGAGGUCGUGAAGUCGAUUGUGUUAACCCCCUUUUUUCCUCCAAGAGACGCACAAAAGACGCACUCCCAAGUCCACCUGGAUAGCUGACGAAGCCGUCCGGUCCUGUUCGAGGUCCAGUGGGGACAGAAGGAGAGGAGAAGUUAGCGCGCGGAAGGCAAGAGCAAGAAAGAGAGGAAGACAGGAUGAAUCUCAAGACUCAUCUGAUUUUCACCCUCUACACUAUUUAUGGGAUUCUUCUGAAAGUGAUGGCUUCAAAAGGCAAAGUUCGAGGCAUCAGCGGUCAGUACCCUUUGGUUCAGAAUAUGACGGUGACAGAGGGUGGGACGGCGAACCUGACCUGCCGUGUGGAGUAUAAUGACAACACCUCCCUCCAGUGGUCAAACCCAGCACAGCAGACCCUCUUUUUUGGGGAUAAGAAAGCUUUAAGGGACAACAGGAUUGAGCUGGUGCAUGCGUCUUGGUCGGAGCUGACCAUCAGCAUCAGCGACGUGACGCUGUCUGACGAAGGCAUGUACACCUGUUCUCUCUUCACCAUGCCUGUCAGAACAGCCAAGGCCUACCUGACUGUUCUCGGUGUGCCAGAGAAACCAGAGAUCGACGGCCUGACGAAGCCCGCCAUGGAGGGAGACUACAUCACUCUGACCUGCAUCACUCAGGGCAGCAAGCCUGCCGCCGACCUGCGCUGGUUCAGGAACGAAAAGGAGAUUAAGGGUGCCAAAGAAGUGAAUGCAAGCGGGAAGACAUUUACAGUACGGAGCUCUCUGCAGCUGCACGUGGACAGAAAUGACGAUGGGGUGGCCUACACCUGCAAAGUGGACCAUGUGGCACUCGCACAGACACCACAGCAGGCCACUGAAGUACUGGAGGUCCACUAUGCUCCUCGUGUGGAGAUCAUCCACUCCCUCGCGGUCCCUCAGGAGGGUCAGUACUUAAAGCUUGAGUGUGUGUCCAAAGGAAACCCUUCGCCGGAUCCUGUGCUGUGGACAAAAGACGGGGGUGAACUUCCUGACCUGGACAGGAUGAUUGUAGAGGGGAGGGAGCUCACCUUUACUUCACUCAACAAGACAGACAAUGGCACCUACCGCUGUGAAGCCAGCAACCAUCUAGGGACCAGCAGUGCUGAAUAUGUUCUCUAUGUCUAUGACGUCCCCACAACCUUGCCUCCAUCCACCACUCCCCCCCUACAUCCCAUCCCUCCAGAUCCUACCCACGCCUCAGACCCCACAGUCACAGGCAACAGAGAUCCCAACGCCGUGGGGCAGCAUGGUACUGACCAUGCCUUGAUCGGAGGAGUGGUGGCUGUGGUGGUCUUUGUCACCUUGUGUUUAAUCAUUGUUCUGGGAAGAUACCUGGCCAGGCAUAAAGGAACGUACCUGACAAACGAGGCCAAAGGGGCGGACGAUGCACCCGAUGCCGAUACAGCCAUCAUCAACGCUGAGGGCAACCAUGCACACGCAGAAGAAAAGAAAGAAUACUUCAUUUAGACUGCAGAGGGAGCUGUGCAGCUCUCUCCUUCCCCUUUCAGUCUCUAUAAAUCUUUCUCUCUCUCUGUCUCCCCCUUUUCUUCUCCAUCUCUGACCACUGUCCCCGUCGUGUCAAUGAGGAACCUGCGGGCAGUCUCCAGACAGAGAGGUUCCCCAAGUGUUUUCCCAUUAUUGCCUUUUGUUGAACCCAUUUCUGUCAUUUACAUCUUAUCCUUUCAUUCUUUCUUUCCGCAGUCCUUCACAGUCAGCAGCUUGCCGGUGCUGCUGAAGUUGUCCCCUUUCUUAUAUUAUUCCUCAUCUUUGACAUGAAUGCCUGAAAGUCUGCAUAUCUGCUUCUUACAUGAGCCCUUGUUCAUCCUUUCUCCUGUUUCCCUCCGAGCAGCCACCCAAACACAUCUUAUAUCCCCUUUGUUCACACACGUCCACAAACACAUAUCAUAUCUCACAUCAACACGGUGCCUAAAAAUACAGACGCCAUUGAAUUUCUGUCAAUGCCUUCAUGUAUUGUCUGUCAGUAGCGAUGUAAAUGCUUCAUAGAUGGUUAACUGGACCAUCAUUUCAUUGCUUAGCUCACAGCUUUUGAUUAUGCAUUGCGUCCUUUUUUUUAUUUAAAUGAAAAAUCUUUGCUGUUUACGCCUUAUACAUGUCUAUCACACUGAAUAUGGUAUUUUUAGACGACCCACCUUCCCCCAGCACCAUCCCCUCUAAAUAGACUUGUAAUUAAACAGUUGACCCUAAGAUAAGAAGAAGGUUUCGUGUAACACUGUAGUAAAGUUUGUCAGAUAAGUGUAUAAUAUGAUUUUCAUUAUUAGGGUAGGGGUAAUAAAGGGUAGUGUGGUAUUGUGUAGAGCAGAGAAUACACAAAGAUGCUAGAUGAAGCAUUCCAUCAAAUAAACUCAAUCAAGUAUAUAAAACCAUUUGCUAAAUCUGCUGUCCCUAUGUACUUUUGUCUGUAUAUUCUGUCCAGGCUGCAGUUUAGCGAAACACCAACACCUUCACAGUCCUCUUACAGUAGUUUGUGAUUCACAUAAAGGGUUCAGGUGUACAGAAAGAGUCAAUCUCCUCUCUCUAAAAGCUGUAUAAAGUGUAUUGAAAUGAGUUUAGCUUUUCACUUUGAAUUAUUUUGUUUAUUUUUAUGUCAUGGUGGAAUAAUUUCAAGGUUUAAGAACCCCAUGAAAUGUAAACUGAACCAUUAGGAGUUAAUGUGGUACAGAAAUAAGUACAUUAUGUACAGGAAAUUUACUGUUAAAUUAAUUUUCCUCCGUAUUUCAUUACUGUAAUAUUGACUGUUGCCUCUUGUAAGCUUGAGGUCCUGGCAGCUUUCCACAGUGCUUUGUACACAAAUAUCUGUUCAUUUCUUGGCUCAUAGAUAAGCAUACAGUGAUGGUAAUACUUUAAACUAACAGUGGUGAUAUCAUUGUUCUCUGUUUGUUUUGUCAUCUGCAAAUUUCCGUUUAACCAGUUUCAAACGAUUCAGUUCGACUAGAGAUAUCACCAACAUGUCCACCUCUCAAACUGCUCUUCUGAUUUCCAUUUUGUCAGAGUCACUCUCCAUGAACUGAACUUUGAUUUCCAUUUCAUGGGGUUUUCAAGCAAGAAAAAAAAAAGGGAAAUAGUGUGUGAGUGCUGGGUCACAGAUCUGCAGGAGCCUUUUUUUCCAAAACUAAAAACUGAAGACAAACAGAGAAGCACAACAAUGUCUGAAUGAGUAACUGUGUUCCUUUGCCAACAAAUAGAUCGCCUUUGGAUUGGUUUGAAUGGGGAAAGAUGACAAGGCUGUCUUAUUCAAAUCUGGAAAAAAAUGCAUUUUUUGGAAAAUGUAAGCUAAAUCACGUCUUUUAUAAAAAAAGAAAUGUUUCUAAUAUAUUUGUUUAAAUGGUCCUAAGCUCCCUGCUGUAUAUUGUGUCUGCUAAAAUGUGGUUGAUUGUGAAAAUUGCUGUUAAAUUCUGGAUUCCCAUAUUCCUUCAAAUUUGUAUAUUAGCCACCUUAUCUAUUUACAUUUUUCAUUUUUCACUGCAUAAUUCUUAUUAGAAAACUUUUAAACAAAUGUAUUUUGUUUUGGCGCAAGGCAUGUAUAUAAUGUGUGAAAACUAAACUUUAAUACACAUUAGCAUGUUUUUGUUUGGUUCUUUUUCAUGUUUAAUUUAUUUAAGAGAGAACCACAAUGGGAGUGUAUUUGUUACUUGGUUUCGGAGAGCAGUGGCUUCUUGUGCUUUCGGUGUGCUCUUAAGUACUACAGAUAUAAUUUGGUGUUGUAGAAAAAUUUGCUGAACAAAAAAGGAAAAGUUAAACAAAUCUGGAAUAAUAAUUGUGGUGUCAUGUACACUGGCCUUGAUGUGGCGACGAAAACGUGCAUCAUCAAAUCCUUAAAGUACCAAAAUGCAUCAAAAGAAACAUUACCUUCCUGUUGGAGGCAGCGAAAGUCUGACACAUACGCUGACAAACGUGACAUCCUAGUAAACACCGCCUGUUUCUUUUCAUCCAUCCCCACCCUUCGUCUUUCAUCAGUCUGCAGGAAUUUGGUUGAUUUACUCUGCGCUGAAAGGACGAUGAACACUGUGGCCUCUGGAACUAAAGACUUAAAGGCAAGGCACUAAUCUGCUAAGAGGGACCAAAUUAUCACCAAGGGCAAUAAAAAAUAGUGGGCCCAGCUGUCUCCAAUUCGAUGGCCAAUUUACAACAUUAUGCAAAUAGGGUCAGUAAAUAAGGUCUUUCUCUGUGUGUUAUAGCUCACACAGUGAUGGAGUGAGUCACAAGUUUGGAAGCACUGGAUCGAUCACUUUGGUUUUUUGCUCGGCACCUCACCUCAGAAGUUUACGCUGCAUAUUGCAUUUUAAGUAUGUUAAUUUUUUGUUCAGUUUUAGUGCACUUACAAUACACCGUUAUUUACAGGUUUAACUUCAACCUCACCGCAAACUUUCAGUAGAUCCAGACUAAAGCUUUCUAGACAGGCUCUGGUCUUUAGGAACGUUAUGUAUCACAUGUGUGCAUAGAUACGUUUAUCACAAUGAUGUGAUGUCUUGUACUUUUUUUCUUUUUUUACUUUUCUAUUUUCUUUUUUAUUCAUUUUGUCUUAAAUCAGUGAGGAUGUCAAUCAGUUCUAUUGCUUUAUGCGGGUGUGUCCAUCUUAAAAAUAAGAGCGCAGUCAAACUUGUUGAUUCUGAAGUUAGAGAAACAGGCUGUUUUAUAUUAAUUGAACACUCAUUAAUAAGCUGGUCUGCAGUGAUUAAUUGGUGCUUGCAUUAGAGGUGAAACAGGUGCCAUUUACUGAAUUAUGCACUCUGACUAAUUUGAUGGAUAUUUCUUAGUGAAUGGUGAAAUGUGUUUUAUUUUUCUUUCUGAAAACCACAUGUAAAUAUUUGUUUUGACAGGAGCUAAUUUGUUGCAAAUGGCUUUUUAUGAUAGUAAGACCAAACCUGGAUCUUUUUUCAUUUGUUAUUCUAACAGCCUGGCACAUACCAUCGUGUACUAUUUUGCUAUGAUAGAAUCAACAAUAGCUUGGGGUCAGUUAUUAGCUGUAUUUCUUUUCUGUUGCCAGUUGAAACUAAGCUUUAAACUUGUUAUGUCCUCGCUUUCCAACAUUGUUCAGUUAAUAUCCACCACAUCGUGGGCCUCUAAUUUCAUCCUGGCUGCAAGACAGUAAUGAGCACAAGUCCAGUUUUUAGAUUCAUCUGUGUUUGGUCCAAACAAACCAACUUUCUUUGAAGAAAGCAAAGAUUUGAAUGCACAUAAAAUACAUUUUUCAGUAAGAUUAAAGCCGUUUCUCUGUUUCUUAUGGCUAAAAUCAAUGGGUGAUUUCUUGCAGUUUCGUCAUUCACAACUGCUUGUAGGAUUGUAGGAUUGUUCCCUUUCAAAUGAUUGAGACUGCAGCCGUCAGCAGCAGGAAUCAUAUGUGUGUGAUCUAUCUGCAUUGGUCAACAGACCGUAACAACGGAAACAUAUUUCAUUAUACUACAAGUUACUGUUGAUGUUGACUAAGUGCGCUGACAUAAUAAUGCAAAAUAGCAUCAGAACACAAGAUAUCUUGAAAUGUAAAUUCAACUGAAAAAGAAGAACAUCAGAACAUCUUCGGACACAUAAUGUAGUGAGCUGUUUGUUUGUGCCUUGUGACUCUGCACCUCCACUUUAUUCCUUUGUCCUCCUCCUGCCUGUCUGCUGCUUUUACAGAGGGAUGAGACAAGCUUAUGUGAUUGGUGAUUAUUGAAGCACGUCCAAACGCCACCUGCUGACACUGCAUUAUGUUUUCAUCCUGCUACAGCCUUUCACCACCCCAGGAGCACCUCUGGUCACAGAAUAUUACAGUCAGUCAGGCACACACACACACACACACACACACACAUAUCCAUUGCCCCCAAAGUUGUGCUAACGGUUGUCCCAAUUUUCAGGAAAUUAGAGGUCCAUAUCAACUAAAAACUCUAAGUCCCUAAUUAUAAAGGGAUGAAUAAGAAGACAAUGGCCACUUUGAGUCAUAAUCUAUCUAAAAUACUUUAUUUUUAAUAUAGUUGUAUUCUCCACAGCAGCAGCAGUGAUGAUAGCAUGACAUGGCCCAGUCGAGUCAUGUCUCUCUUCAUCUGACUCUUCAUGUGUCUUUGCUGUACAGUUUGGCUUCAGUGCACUUCUUUGUUCCUCUGCAAUACUGACAAGAAUCAAUCAGCCCGAUCUCCAUAUUGUCACAAUGAUGACAGCAACGUGGGACAAAUCGCAUGUAGUGAUGUUUUGAUCCCUUUUUGUUUGUUUGUUUUUGAUUCUAUCUGUUUCUUUUGUUUUACAUCUCAGGAAGAUAUUUCAUUUAGAGACUUUUUUCUGUUUGUUUGUUUUCUGUCUUGAAACGGGGACUUGUGAGCACGUCCCACUCUGCUAGUCCCUAAAUGCUGACACCAUGUACUUUGUUGAGUUUCAAAUUAUCACAAUGUUAAUAAAAUUAUUCAGUGAUUCUUCAGUAAUUCUGUCAUCUUGCUGUCAUUGGGAUAUUAGACUAUAAGAAGCAGUUUUUUGAUAUGAUCGCUGACUUGAAAUACCGAUAUUUAGAAAUAUGCUGCAAAUAAUCAUGAGUUUCAAGAGUGAUCAAAGUUGUGUUAUCUCAUUUAAGCUUAUCGUGUGUAAGCACUUUGACGCUUUUGUCCUCUAUCAUAAUGUUUUCCUUGUAGAAACACACACAUCUUUGUGUAUAUCAGUCAGUCGUUCACAAAAUACAAAAUAUCCACAGUAAAAGCUAAGUGAAGAUCAGAUUAGAGCUAGACACAUGUUAGUUCAGCUUCUGAUGUACCUUGGUGGAAUAAGGGGUUUCAUAUUAAGCUGUAACGAGAGGGCUUGAUUUGAUAUAUAGCACCAUAAUGGAGGUGUUUUUCUCCCAUCAUCUGUGGGAUUUAUUAUUAUUUAAUUUAGAGGUUUGUUCUCAUGUAUGAAACAAAAAUUGUUGAAUAAAUAGUUGCC